AUGCGAUUUCAUUCAUUCUGUUUAUUACAGGAAUCGAAGCCAAUCUUGGCUGUGAAAGGAAUUUCGGCACCUAAAGUUACACAUUUAACGGCACCAUCAAGUAAAUAUACAUCACCUACUGCAACAAUUCCUCAAAAUUCACCGGCUUCUCAAGAAUCGUCUCCAUCAAAGCAGCUUUCAUCGAAUCCAGAUUCUGGACAACAAUCUGAGGUCACCGCUACAACCGUAACAACCUCAAAUGCAACAGGAAAUGCUACAUCAACGCUUACAACAACCAAAACUACCAAGAGUAUUAUUCCAUCUCAAAGUCCAACAGUUGGUGUUGUAAGUCCGAUGAUGAGUCAUCGAGUUAUCAAAUUACCGCAGGCUUCCAACAGUAUCACUGAUGGUGGUAGUCAAAGUGAUACAUCGACAACAUCAGGAAGUCGUGGUUCAGAUAGUGCCAGUGUUAUAUAUAAUCCCGCUGAUGAAUCAAAUUCGUUGUCAACUAAUCCGACGACGAAAGCUAUUAUAUCAGAUAAAAAACCUCCACCGGUGCCACCUGUGCGAACAAAUAGUCAUUUGGAGACGACAUUUGAUUCUAAUUGUGGUGUAACAACAUCGGAAAUUACUGCUACUUCAAAGAGUAACAAUAUUUCUACCUUUCCGGGAUCGGAUCUCGAAGGGAUUCGUCCAAUGGACCCAAUCAUACCAUUAGUACCGCCACCAUAUAAUGUUGUCAUAAGAAAUGGCAAAGCAUGUCGACAAAGCGCUCAUUCACCUGGUGCUAGAAAUGGAUCACUUCGUGAUAGUUCAACUAGUGACGAUUCAUUGGAUUCUAUUUCAACGACAAUCCGAUGUGCUGUACCUCAUCGUCCAUCCGGUUAUUUAUCUGAGGGUGAAUCGUUAUUUACUGCUAACACCAUAAUUCCAGAAUUAUCAGUGGCUGAUGUGAGAAAUGGUUAUAUGAGUGAAGGUGGCAUUACAGUAUAUGCUCGUAAAAUGCAGGCCCGUUUUAAAGAAGGACUUGAAGCAGUAAGACAACGAAAUCAUGAUUUCAACGAUAGGUUUGUUCGUUUGUUCGUUCGUCAAUUCUUAAUUACCGUAUCGUUUUUUUUUUAA